CCGCGUUCCUCCACUCCACGGCUCCCCCACCCCACUCAUCACACUCUCCCACCGCACCUCGCCGCCGCGGGGCACCGCGCCAUAAAGUGCGUUCCCGGCUGCACGGACGUCGAGGAGCAGCUCGCAAGUGUUUCUUGGUGCGUCGAUCGGCAAGAUGAUCACCGGCACGGACUUCUACCACGUCAUGACGGCCAUGGUGCCGUUGUACGUUGCCAUGAUCCUGGCGUACGGAUCCGUCAGGUGGUGGCGCAUCUUCACGCCGGACCAGUGCUCGGGGAUCAACCGCUUCGUGGCGCUCUUCGCCGUGCCGCUGCUGUCCUUCCACUUCAUCUCCACCAACAACCCCUACACCAUGAACAUCCGGUUCAUCGCCGCCGACACGCUGCAGAAGCUGAUCGUCCUGGCGCUGCUCACUGCAUGGAGCUACCUCUCCCGCCGGGGCUGCCUCGAGUGGACCAUCACGCUCUUCUCCCUGUCGACGCUGCCCAACACGCUGGUGAUGGGCAUCCCGCUGCUCAAGGGCAUGUACGGCGACUUCUCCGGCAGCCUCAUGGUGCAGAUCGUGGUGCUCCAGUGCAUCAUCUGGUACACGCUGAUGCUGUUCAUGUUCGAGUACCGCGGCGCCAGGAUCCUCAUCACCGAGCAGUUCCCCGACACGGCGGGCGCCAUCGCCUCCAUCGUGGUGGACCCCGACGUGGUGUCGCUGGACGGGCGCAACGACGCCAUCGAGACGGAGGCCGAGGUGAAGGAGGACGGCAAGAUACACGUCACCGUGCGGCGCUCCAACGCGUCGCGCUCGGACAUCUACUCCCGGCGGUCCAUGGGGUUCUCCAGCACCACGCCGCGGCCCAGCAACCUGACCAACGCCGAGAUCUACUCGCUGCAGUCGUCGAGGAACCCCACGCCGCGGGGCUCCAGCUUCAACCACACCGACUUCUACUCCAUGGUCGGCCGCAGCUCCAACUUCGCCGCCGGGGACGCGUUCGGCCUGCGCACGGGCGCCACGCCCAGGCCGUCCAACUACGAGGAGGACCCGCAGGGCAAGGCGAACAAGUACGGCCAGUACCCGGCGCCCAACCCGGCCAUGGCGGCGCAGCCCGCCAAGGGCCUCAAGAAGGCGGCCAAUGGGCAGGCCAAGGGCGAGGACGGCAAGGACCUACACAUGUUCGUGUGGAGCUCCAGCGCGUCGCCCGUGUCCGACGUGUUCGGCAAUGGCGCCGCCGAGUACAACGACGCGGCCGCCGUCAAGGAGGUCCGCAUGGCCGUCGCCUCCCCGCGCAAAGUUGCGGCGGACGGGAGGAAGGAGCGGGGCGAGGACUUCGCGGAGCGGGACGACUUCAGCUUCGGGAACAGGGGCGCGGCGGAGAGGGACGCGGAAGCCGGCGACGAGAAGGCGGCGGCGGCGGCUGCGGCUGCGCAGGGGAAUGCAGGCGCCGUGGCGGCGCCCGCGGCGAUGCCACCGACGAGCGUGAUGACGCGGCUGAUCCUCAUCAUGGUGUGGCGCAAACUCAUCCGUAACCCCAACACCUACUCCAGCCUCAUCGGCCUCAUCUGGUCGCUCGUCUGCUUCAGGUGGAACUUCGAGAUGCCGGCGAUCAUCCUCAAGUCCAUCUCGAUCCUCUCCGACGCCGGGCUCGGCAUGGCCAUGUUCAGCCUCGGGCUGUUCAUGGCGCUGCAGCCACGGAUAAUCGCGUGCGGGAACAAGGUGGCCACGUUCGCCAUGGCCGUGCGGUUCCUGACCGGCCCGGCCGUCAUGGCCGCCGCCUCCUUUGCCGUCGGCCUCCGCGGCACGCUCCUCCACGUCGCCAUCGUCCAGGCCGCGCUGCCGCAGGGCAUUGUCCCCUUCGUGUUCGCCAAGGAGUACGGCGUGCACCCUGACAUCCUCAGCACGGCAGUCAUCUUCGGCAUGCUCAUCGCGCUGCCCAUCACGCUGGUGUACUACAUCCUGAUGGGGCUGUGAAAAAGCCAGACAAGCUGCUCGUUCCCGCAGGCCAACAGCGAUGCCGGAUGGGGAUGUGGAGCAGGAGGAGACAGACUAGGGGGGACAAGACAACUGCGCAGGGGCAGGGGCGGGGGCGGGGGGCGGCAGGUUAAUUCGUAGGAGUAUGCUUUUAGGUGUAGACAUCAUGGAACGCGAUUAGAGAGCAAACAAAAAAUGUUUUUAGGACAAACCCAACGUCAUAUGCAAAAAUCCUUGGGGGUGACAGUUUGCGUUGCAAAGCAUCCGGUCAUGAGUUUUGAUUUGGGUGUGUUAGGGACUUUUCAUGCGCAUGGCUUUCCAUGCCCUAUAUAAAAUGGAUGCGUGUCACUUCGAUGGAA